AUGGCCGUUUCAAAGAAGAAUUCUACAACAAAGACUUCCCGUUCCAGUUCAUCACCUUCAAACCUCCACCCACCAUACCUUGAGAUGAUAAGUGAAGCCAUUACGACAAUGAAGGAUCGCGCUGGUUCGAGCCAACCCGCAAUAGCAAAAUUCAUCGAAGUGAAUUACACUGCUAGUCUCCCAACAAAUUUCAAGAAAAUUCUCUCGGCCCAGUUGAAAAGGUUCGUGAAAUCAGAAAAGCUUGUCAAAGUGAAGAAUUCCUACAAGAUUUCCCCUUCAGAGAAAGUGAAAAAGCCCGUUGAAAACAAAACCCAGAAGAAGAAACCAGUCAAGAAUGUCACAACAAAAACUACUGGUUCUGGUUCUAGCAAAGAGGAGGCGAAAAAGUACGAUGAAAAUGGGAAGAAGACGAAGAGGCUGAGCCAGGUUAAAACUCCAGAGGCUUUGAAGAAGAAAAUAAUAGGGAAAAAGAAUGUGAAGGGAUCUGUUACUGAAGGGAAAUUGAAGAAAAUGAGUCAGGAUAAGAGUCCCGAAGGAUUGAAUAAAAAGGCUGCGACACCAACGAAGAAGGUGUCUCGUAAAAUGGUGAAAUUGGGAUCAAGGCCUGCUGCAAAGAGGGCUCGAAAUUGA